CGAGUUUGGGACGUUGGAAGAGGAGCAGGUGACGGCAAAGCAGCGGCGACAAGAUUGAAAACAAGACGGCGCGGCAUGUUUAAGAACACCUUCCAGUCGGGCUUUCUCUCCAUCCUCUACAGCAUUGGGAGCAAACCACUGCAAAUCUGGGACAAACAAGUGCGCAAUGGACACAUCAAGCGUAUCACGGACCAAGACAUUCAAAGCUCCGUGCUGGAAAUCAUGGGGACAAAUGUGAGCACCAACUUUAUCGCGUGUCCCGCACAACCGGCUAAGACCCUCGGCAUCAAGCUGCCGUUUCUCGUCAUGAUUAUCAAGAACUUAAAGAAGUACUUUACAUUUGAAGUACAAGUCCUCGACGACAAGAACGUCCGCCGACGCUUCCGUGCGUCCAACUACCAAAGCUCGACUCGCGUCAAGCCAUUCAUUUGCACCAUGCCGAUGCGCCUCGACGAAGGUUGGAACCAAAUCCAGUUCAAUUUGAGCGACUUCACGCGGCGCGCGUACGGGACCAACUACAUCGAAACGUUGCGUGUCCAGAUCCACGCGAAUUGCCGCAUCCGCCGCAUUUACUUUUCCGACCGUCUGUACUCGGAAGAAGAGCUGCCGCCCGAAUUUAAACUCUUCCUGCCCGUCCCGAAGGGGUCGUCCAAUGCCGAGCCCCCCAAGACAGAUGCUCCCGUGGGAAUGUAGUGUCGGCCGGUCCAUAACAAUCGAAGUUGUAUAAUGAAUGACAUGUGUACACAACAA